AAAAGAAAAGUCCACUAUAUAUUUAUUUCAUUCCUCUAAUUUAUUUUACCCAAAUCAUCAAUUUUGUUUUCUUGUCAUGCAUCCAAUACUAAGUACUAACCAUUCACACCAAUAUACACACACAGUUGCAUACUUGGAUCAUUAUAGUGUGAACAGAAAAAAAAACAUUAUAAAAACUAUAAGUCACGUUUCCCCCAAUUAAGUAGCCUCCUCUUCCCCCUCUCUUUGUCUCUCUGUCUCUUUCUCUCUCCCUCUCAGAAACUCAUUCUCCAAAAAUGGCAGAGCCAAGUUUCUAUAUCGGAGUCAUAGGAAAUGUAAUCUCCGUACUCGUCUUCCUCUCACCAGUGGAGACGUUUUGGAAAAUAGUGAAGCGGAGAUCGACGGAGGAGUACAAAAGCUUGCCGUAUAUUUGUACGUUGUUGGGAUCAUCGCUAUGGACAUAUUACGGCAUCGCCACUCCCGGAGAAUAUCUUGUUUCCACCGUUAAUGGCUUUGGUGCGAUCGUUGAAACCAUAUACGUUUCACUUUUUCUCUUUUAUGCCCCUCGACAUCUCAAGUUGAAUACAGUGGUAGUUGUCGCGAUGUUGAACGUGUUUUUCCCAAUCGCAGCGAUUGUGGCGACGAGAAUUGCGUUUAAAGAUGAGAAGAUGCGUUCUCAAUCGAUAGGUUUCAUAUCUGCUGGUCUAAACAUUAUAAUGUAUGGUUCUCCUCUUUCUGCUAUGAAAACAGUAGUGACAACAAAGAGCGUGAAAUACAUGCCGUUUUGGUUAUCGUUCUUCCUCUUCUUAAACGGCGCGAUUUGGGCUGUCUAUGCUUUACUCCAACACGACGUUUUCUUACUCGUGCCAAAUGGAGUGGGGUUUGUGUUUGGGACAAUGCAACUCAUACUUUAUGGAAUUUACAGAAAUGCCAAACCGGUUGGUUUAAGCAACGGUUUAAGCAACGGUUUAAGUGAGAUUUCUCAAGAUGAAGAGGAAGGCCUCACUUCACGUGUUGUCCCUCUCCUCUCCUAAAUCCAUUUUUUAUUCGUCAAGAGUUUGUUAAUUUGGGUCUUAUAAAUUAUAAAUCUUUAUAUUUUUGUUCCAUUAUUGUGGUGUGCGAUUUUGUGUACGUUAUUUAUUUGACAAAAUUAGCUUCAUUUAAAGAUGUUACUUUUAAGGUUUGUUAUUGUAAUGCAUCUUUUUUUUU